CCGGCUGGGGCCGGCCAGAGGGAGCACGACCUCGCUGCCUGCUCAGGGCUCCGGGCGGUGACCGGAACCAGUCGGAAGUUUCCCGCGGCCAACGCCAAAACGUUUCCCAAUUCGUAUCGAUUUCAGAGGGUUUCGACGGGAAAUUAUCCACACGCUUAGUGUUUCUCUCCAGUCCAGGGGGUUUGUUCCGACUCUCGCAGAAGGCAGUGGGGACGUUGACGUCCGGGGGCCGUUCGGUCGCAUGCAUGCGCUUGGACAAGGCUGGAUGUGCACUCCCACCCCCGGCCUCAGAAGGGUGAUGGUGCUUCUGGCUGCAGCCCUUGUGUCGGCCUCGGUGGCUGCAGGGGAAGGCUGGCGAGAGGAAGGUGUGCAGUACGGCCAGGUGGGGGCGGACGUCGUCCUGUCGUGUGCCAGCGCCCCCGGAUGCUCGGGGGUGGAGUGGCGGCGGGACGGGGCGGCCACGCUCCCAGAGGGCUGCGUCCUGCGGGAUGGCGACCUGCUGCUGCCACGAGCUGAGCUCUCUGCGGGAGGAGCCUACAGCUGCCACGACGGGACCGGGCAGCUCCUCCGCUCCGUCUCCCUCCGGCUGGGCUACCUGCCCGGGAUCCCCUCCGUCACCUGCCGAGCUUCUGACUACGAGAAUUUCUCCUGUUCCUGGACACCCAGUGUGGAGACGUUCCUCCCCACCAGAUACAUCACCACCUACCGGAAGAAAUUGCUGAUGGGCGACGAGAAAUGGAGCAGGACCCAGACCAGCCAGGUGGGGCCGUGCGUGCAGGACCCCGGGCGCCCUCGCACCUGCACCGUGCCGAAGUGUGAGUUCUGGAGCUCCUACCGGCUCAACGUCACCGAGGUGAAUCCGCUGGGCUCCAGCUUCCGGCUGCUCGACGUCACCAUGCAGGCCAUCAUUAAGCCGGACCCUCCGGAAGGCCUGGUGGUGGAGCCGGUCCCGUUGGCCCCGCGGCGGCUGCGGGUUCGCUGGCAGUACCCGGCCUCCUGGCCCAAGGAACCCCACUUCCAGCUGAAGUUCCGGCUCCAGUACCGGCCCGUCGCGCAUGGCUCCUGGUCCAUGGUGGAGACUGUGAACCUCUCUGAAGUCAUCACCGACGCCUUCUCCGGUCUGGAACACGUGGUGCAGGUCGGCGCCAAGGACUUCCUGGACGCCGGCAACUGGAGCGAGUGGAGUGCCGAGGCGCGGGCCACACCCGGACCAGGCCUGACCGUGACACCAGGCGAUGAAGCCAUCACUGACGCCAGCCUGGAGAGCCCAGCUGAGGAGCCCUCGCUGGCCCCCAACCCUGAGCCCGUGGAUCGCAGCGACCCCAUGGAGAAGGUGGCCAUUCUGAUCUCGCUCGGGAUCUUCGCGUUCGUCAUCCUGGCCGUGGUUCUGGGCAUUGCCAGCGCGGUCUGGCUCCGUCUGAGAAAACCCAACAAAGACGAGACCAAGAAGCACGACUUCCUGCCAGCUGCCGUGCACAUGAGGGCCCUGCCCAAGGCCCAGAUCUUGUAGCAGGACCUGCAGACACCGCCGCUCGCCCACCCCACCGCAGCCCCCAGCCCAGGACUGCCCCCUGCCCCUGCCCCUGCCAGCGCUGCGCCCGGACCCCUGGACAGACACUCGCUGGCAUGGCGGGAGAUGGGCCCGGCGCUCGGAGGGCACUGCCGACGUCCGGGAGCAGCAGGGGCAGACGACGGGGUUGGUGCCAUAGUCCGUCCCUGCGCCGUGGGUGCUGCCGUUGGUGCCAGCGUGUGGACCUGAGCCGGAUCCGCGCCCGGGGGGACCAGUCUGGAGGGCGAGGCGGGGGCGACGCCGAGGAUCUCGGGCUCAUGGAGAGGGGACAUGAGGACCCCAACCCGGCCCCCCUCUGCUGCUGGGGUCCUGGCGGAUCCGUGGACACUGGGAGCCCGGUUUGGGGUGCCGGUGGGCGUGUGAGGGUGACACUGACCCCUCCCCAACCUGAACCCCCACCCUCCUGUAGCUGGGGAGACUCUCCCCUCCCCCCCCGGGCUUGUCCGGCCCCUUGGGGCAGCGCGCCGGGAUCCCAAUAAAGGGGGUUGUGACAGCGGG